UAUUUGAAAAAAAAAAAAACAAAAUCAUAAUUAAAAUUUAAAAAAAUACUUAUACACUUAAUAAAAUAACUUAAAGUCCUAUUUAAAUAAAUAUAACUAAAAUAUAACUAAAAACAACAACAACAAAAAAAAAAAAUAUUGUUUUCAUUUUUAUUACUUAUUAUAUAUACUUACCUAUAUAUAUAUAUUUUUAAUUAAUUAUUCGCCACAUUUAAAAAAAUUAUCCAUAUAUAUAUAUUUUAAAUUAAAAUUAAAAUAUAAAUAAAUAAAUAAUUAGCUACAUUAUUAAUAAAAGAAAAAAAGUAAUGUGUAUAGUAAAAUUAUAACAAAAAAAAAAAGAACAAACAAAACAAAAGAAAAUAGUAUAACAGUAGAAUAUAUUUUCUGAAACAAAAAAAAUAAAAGAGAGAAACAUAAUAUACAAAAUAAAAAGAAAACCGAAAAAAAAACAACCCCUUCUUGUGAAAGAAAGAAUGAAAGAAUAAAAACACAAGUCAGUCAGUGUGUCAGUAUGUGAAAUGUAAUCUUAUGUAAAAUUUAUAAUGUUAUAUACCGUUAUAUUAUAUACUUCUAUUAUUAAUAUACUUUAAUGUAUAUUUCGUGAAAAAAAAAACACUCAUCACAUGUAUAUGUACAUUAUUUAUAAUACACAUCAGUAUAUAAAUUGAUAUACAAAAAUAUUAUACUGAUUUUGGAGUAAAAAAAAAAAAAAGGUAUACAUAUAAAUAACAAAGUAAAAAAUAUAAUACUUAUAUGGAAAAAUAAGUAGCAGAGAAAAAUAUAACAAAAUAUAAGGAAAAUUAUCUACUUUUAUACACGUUGUGUAUAUAUAUGCUUACAAACAUAUAUAUACAUUUAUAUGGUGUGACAACAGGUGGCGUGCGAUGGUGAAUAAUGUAAUUAUGGAAAUGAUUUGUCGGUACUAUUUUGGUGGAAGAACUCAUUAAGUGAAAAAACUUGAAGAGAAAACAUAAAAAAAAAAAAAAAUUAAUUUUUUUUUUUCCGUAUAUUUUUCAUUUGGGUGAAUAUUAUUUUGUGUACACACACUCACACACAUACGAGUAUAUAAUAAAUACAAAAUUCUUUUUUCCUGUCAGUUUUUAACUAUAUACCGUUAUAUAUAGUUUUUAUUUUUCUUGUGUUGUUGUUGCUGUUUUUGAGGUUUAGAAUCAUUAUUUUUUUUGUUAUAAAUAUUCCCAAUUUUAUUUUGGGGAAAAAAAAUAUUGUAUAUAAAAAAAAAAAAGAAGAGGAGGAGGUGAAAAAAAAAAACAAAAAAAAAAAAAUAUUAAUAAGAACCCCUCAGUAAAUGUGUUGUGUAGGGUUGUUUUAAUAAUUCUCUUCAAUUUUUUUUUUGAACUAAAAGUGAAAAAAACCAAAAAAAGGAUAAAUAAAUUUUUUCGGAAUAGUAGUGAUAAUUUUUUUUUUGUUUUGGUUCGGUUUUAAUUUUUUUUGGGUUUUAUUUCGGUAUGACAAUAAUAAUUUGGUGGAUUAAUGAGAAAUGAGUCAACAAGCUGUUUACUGUCUAAGUUUACAAAUAAGGCAACCAUCAUCUGAAGAAAAUAGCGAUGGCAAUAGUAAUAGUAGUAGUAAUACAUCAACAACAAUUACAUCGAAAGAACUUAUAACUAUGUCAAAAUCUAGUUCAACAACAACAGCAUCUACAUCAACAACAAGUUUAGAAAAAGGUACAAGUAGUAUUGAUCUUGAUGGUAGUACUCAUCAUCAUCAUCAUCAACAACAACAGCAACAACAACAACAGCAGCAACAUCACCAUCAACAAACAUCAACACCAAUACGUCAAAGAGGUACAUCAAUUCAUUUACAAAAAUUUCAACAAACAUCAACAUCAAUUGGAACAAGUACUACAAUAUCAGCUGCAACAUCAAUAACAAAAGCUUUACAACAACAACAUAUUCAACAACCGCAGCAGCAUCAACAACAACAACAACAACAACAACAGCAACCACAACAACAUCAUAGUAAUAUAAUAUUGGUGCGUGGAGCCAGAACUGAAAAUGGACAAAUCAUUUUACAAAAUUCACAUGAACUUUUAAGUUUAUUAAAUGCAGCUGCAGCUGCUAAUAAUAAUAAUAAUAAUAGUAAUCUUAACAAUAAUAAUCGUAAUGAUAAUUCUUCAUCACAUGAUGAUAAAUCACAUCAACAUCAACAAAUUAUAUUACAGCAACCACGUUUGAAAACAAGUACAGGGACUUCAUCGACAGGCAAUCAAACAAUUUUGCUACAGGCACCAAUUAAAACAACAACAAGUAAUAUACAUCAUGAUGGAUCUGGAUCAUCGUCUGGUUCAACAACAGCAACAACAGCUGUUCUAUUACAAUCAACAACUGGUAGUGGAAUUAAGAAAAAUGUAUUUCCAGAAGGUUCAAUUAUUUUACAACAACGACUUAAUAAUAAAAAUUCAAUAUUAAGUGUUAGUAGUAAUAGUGCUAAUCAACAUCAAAAUCAGCAACAACAACAUCAUCAUCAACAGCAGCAACAAGAUGCUGCAACUAAUAUUGGUAGUAAUAAUAAUACAACUAAUACAGCAACAGCUACAACAACUGGUGGUGGACCGUUUCUGUUACAAACUUUGAAACGUUUAGAUAAAUCUCAAUCGAUAUUGGUUUUUCGUAAUCCAAGUAGUAAUGCUGCAACGGUUUUAAGUAGUGCUAGUAUUGGAACAUCAACAACAUUAUCAUCUGCAAAUACAAAUGAUGUAACAACAUCAAUUUUAGGAGGAGGUACCACAUUAACCUUAACAUCAUCAACAAAAAAUUCUGGUAUAACAUCGUCCUCUGGUAAUAUAUCUGGUACAAUACUGACACAAAGAUCAACAACAGCUACAACAACAACAAAAUCUGUUAAUAGACCUAAUACAAAUAACAUCAGUAAUAAUAGUAACAAUAAUAAUAAUAACAGCAACAGUAACAAUAAUUCAAGUAAUAAUAAUAAUAUUGGUGGUCGUAAACAAAAUAUUUUAAAUGGUAAUUGUGGUACCAAUAGAAAUUUAAAUAAUAAUACAACAACAACACGUUUAGUAUUAGAGGAUAUACAAGUUGAUUCAAAUGAACCUACUAGAACAUCAAAUUCUACAACAACAGCAGCAACAACAGCUACUGCUGUCGUUUUACAAUCAUCACAAUUACAACAACAACAACAGCAAUUACACCAACAACAGCAACAGCAGCAGCAACAACAACGACAAAAUAAUGUACCACUUGGGACUGGUAAGUUAAAUUCAUCUAUUAAUGUUUUACAUCGAAAUUGACAGGUGCUCAUUUAAAUGCUAUAGAAUUAUACAUAAUAUAUAUAUAUAUAUAU